AUGUCGUCUGGUGGCACUGAUCCGCGAGAUCCGAACACGAUCCUACAGACAUGUCAGUCAAUAGCACGACACUUCGUCUCCGAGCAGAUUCCACGCAUAUUCAAUGCCGCGACCGAGCUUCCGUCCAAGACCUGGCAGCGGUAUAUGGAGCGUGACAGAAGCCAUGAUGCUAGGCAGGGCGCGGUAGGAGAUCCUUUCCGAGGAUGGAUAGAUCCAGGUCUCGCAGAUGGCAUCGAUGAGCGAAGAAAGAGAUACGAGGAGUAUCUGCAGAGAAAGCGUGAAGCGAAAGAGCAAGGAAACGAGAAUGCGAAGUGA